UUUUUAGAAUGGAAAUGAAUAUUACCCUUCCUUCUUUUUCCUCUGACGAAUCUGAAGGCGAAACUGAAGUAAAGCCAAAAAUUAUUCAACAAAAACGCCCUAAAUCUAUUUUAAAUCGCUGCAAUGAAGCAAUUCUUAAGAGACAGAUCUCCAUUUUACAGGAAAAUCCUUUCACAGAAAGUUAUGCUACCAUCAUAGGAAGACAAGAAAACUUUACCUUAAUUAUUGAAAUUAUAGAGAUGGCAAGCUGCAGCUGUGUGCCGGUUGACGCUACUUGGUUAACCAAACGUUUCAAUGAAUUAACAACUGAAUCGGAUCAAUUGGAAGACUUGGAUUUCUGCCGCAAAUAUAUACUAAAAUAUGCACAAGCUGCUGAAUAUGAAGCUCAACUUAAAUUAAAUAAUGACAAACUUAUCUCACGACAACUUCUUAACAUCCGAUUGAAAGUAGAUGAAAAGGAUAACUCAAAUUCGCUUAGAAAACGUGGUCUGCCACCACCUAGAAAAAGGUCACGGACUGUUGAAUCUUCUGAGAAUCGAGUUCAGUCUGAUGAUGAAUUUGAUCCAUAUUUGAAACGAACGGAAGAGAUUGAAGAUAUUUUUGCGAAGCAGCCUUCUCCAGUUCCUGAACCUGCUCCAGAAGUUACUCUUAUUGACUCAAAUGAUGAUGAUGAAUAUAUUCAACCUUUGAAUAAUGUUAAUGGAAUUAAGCAAAAACCUAAUGAGCCAACUAGACGACAACAAAUCAUACAAAGAAUCUCGGGCGAUACUUACGAUACUGUGCCUCCAAAUUACGUUUUUGAAACUCGAGGAAGGAGUGGACAAAGAAUCAAACAACCCAAAAUUAAACACCCAAAACCAACUGCCGUAAAGAGUCGAAUUCGUUUGGAACCCAUUCAAAAACCCCGAAAUAUUCGUGAAGAUACUUUUGAAUGUUUGGAAGAGACCUUAAGCUCUUCGGCUUCUGAUGUUGAGGACAGUGAACUUGAAGAUACUUCUCCUAGCAGUAGUAAUCAAUCUAGUAUUCAAAUAUGUUCCAGUUCAUCGAGCAGUAUUCAAUUUAUUAAAAUUAAAAAAAGUUCAUCGCUCAGAUCAACGUUGAGAUCGAAGAAUGGAAUUAGAUGUGAAAAGAGCGUUCAUUAUACUGAAGAUACCGUGUUUCCCAAUGUCUUCCAAGCUACAAGUCCAGCUUUUCUCAAACAUAAAACGGUUACAUUAACUGGCCAAACAAAAAGAACUCAUCGCAUUCUAUCGUCGAGAGAAAAUGCUCCGGUUGUCGCAAGUGGAUCCUCCACCCUUUACAAAAAAGUCCCAAGUUCAGAUUUUCCCAUAAAGAUUUCAAGGAGAGACAAUCCUUUAAUUAAAAAAGCACAAGAAAUUGCCGAUUUAAAAGAAAAUAUUCGAAAAGAAUUUAUGGAGCUUUUAACGAAAUUCUUUAGUUUUAAAUAUCGUGUUUCUCGGCUGUUUAUUGUUGAUUCUAUAAUGGAACCUUUAGAUGAAGAUGUUUUUAAGAAUAUGUCCAUUUUUUCUAUGGGUUAUCCUCGUAUGCCAGAAUGGUUUAUGUAUGCAUUAGAUCGUUGGUGGCAAGAUGGUAGCCAAAAACAUUUUUAUUUUAGUAAAGUUUUUAUCUUACUUGGAAUGGAUUUAAAUAUUUACUAUGCUGACCCAGAGGCUAAACAAGAAGAAGUAGUUAUAAAUUUUCUGAAAAGUUUACAUGCUUGGUUUGAUGAUAAAAUGAAAAAAGUUCAAAGUGAUCUUCGAUUUAAUUUGGAAAGAAAUGAUCAAACAGUCAAAGUAAUUAAAAAUGUUGAGGAUAUGCAUGGCAAUCCACUUCAAGUAUCUCAAUAUCCACUUCGCUUAGCGCAUGUGCCAUAUUUUGUUGUUAUUACUGUGCCUGAAAUUGGAGACUGGGAAGUCUUUUUUCAAGGAUUGAAUGAUCGUUUACGUCAAUUUGUUAGCGAAAAUAAAAGAACUUUUACUUUACUUGACUGGGCAAAUAUUUUAAAGAAAAUGAAGCCUGAUGAUGUUUCAACAGUGGAAAAGAGAACAGCAGUUUUAAUUAGGGAAAUGCAUCUUGAACAUGGGGUAUUAUAUCAUUGA